AUGGCUUCAGACCUAUCAUCCAUAGACAUACCAUACAAGUGCCCCAUCUGCCUGGAAGUGCUGGACUACCCUGUGAUCCUGGACUGUGGCCACACUUUCUGUGACGACUGCAUCACCGGUUCAGUAAUCCACGACUGGAAGUUGAAGCGUGCAGCAGAGGUUGAAGCAAGUAACAGUAACGAGAAGGGGUUCUGGUUCAAUUGUUCUAUCUCAUUUGGUUCUAAUCUUCAACUCAAGCCAAUGUAUAACCCAUGCGCUUGCACAAGAAUACCUGAAAACACAAUCAGCUCAUUCAUCUUACAGAUCUUACAAGCUGCCUUUCCUGUCAUCCAAGCCACUCAGAAUCCACCCCCCAUGGCCUCAGCCACACCAUUCAUAGGUGUGCAAAAAGAAGUUACUUGCCCCAUCUGCCUGGAGUUUCUGACAGACCCUGUGGUUCUGGAUUGUGGGCACAGUUUUUGUCGGGGCUGCAUCACCGACUAUUGUAAAAAAUGGAAAGACCUGGGGGAUUUGAAGUGUCCUGUCUGCGGAUGCAAGAUCGAGGAAGGGGAUUUCCGUCCAAACUGGAUACUGGUAAACGUACUUGAAGAAAUUAAACGGUUGGCACUAAGUUCAGGAAAAGGAGAUAUUUGCUCUAUACACAAAGAAGAACUCCACCUCUUCUGUGAAGACGAUGAAAAAUUGGUGUGUUUUCUUUGUGAGCGAUCCCCAGAACACAGAGGACACAAAAUACUCCUCCUGGAAAAGGCUGUUCAGCAAUAUAAGGAUCAGAUCCGUGGAUACCUGGAGACUGUGAAGAAUGACAGAAAGAAAAUUCUGGCAUAUAAAGAAGAUGCUGAAAAGGAAAGCCAAGACUUGCUUGAAAAAACUGGAUCAGAGAGGGAAAAGACAGUGGCUGAAUUCAAUCGAUUACACCAGUUUCUUGAAAAACAAGAGAAAUUUCUGCUGGCCCAGCUGGAGGAGGCAGAGAAGGAGAUUGAAAUAAAAAAGAAUGAAUAUAUGGCCAAACUCUCUGAGGAACUUGACUUUCUGGAAUGUCUCAUCAAGGACAUGGAGGAGAAAAGUCAGCAGCCAGCCCAUCAACUCCUGCAGGAUGUCAGAAGCACCUUGCAAAGGUAUGAGAAGACAGAGGAGUUUCAGAAUCCAAUGGCUUUCUCUUAUGAGCUGAAAUGGAAAGUCUGGGACUUUGGUGAUCUCGCUUCCUGUCUGGACGUUGUCAUGAAGCUAUUUAAAGAUACUCUGGCAUCUGAACUUCAGCUACAGAAAGCAAAAGUGUCUCUGGAUCCAGACACAGCCCAUCCUGAACUCAUCCUAUCUGCGGAUUGGGAAGCCGUGUCCCGAGGAGGUGAACCGCAGCAUGUGCGCAACAAUCCUGAGAGAUUUGACCAAUUUGGUGUUGUGCUGGGGAAUGAGGAAUUCAGAGCAGGCCGACAUUUCUGGGAAGUCAUUGUGGGAAAUGAGGAACGAUGGGCUGUGGGGGUGGCCAGAAAGUCUGUGAAGAGGAAGGGAUGGAUCACCAUUAGUCCUGAGGCAGGGAUCUGGGCGGUGGGAAGGUGGGAAGAAGAGUUCGAGUGUUUCCAAGACACUCUGACUUCCUUUAAUCCUGAGGGAAAGAUCUGGUAUCUCAUUCACCCUCGUUCGAAUCCCCUGACUCUUACAGGGGAGCUGAAGAAGAUCCGAAUCUCCCUGAACUAUAGUGGGGGACGAGUGACCUUUUCUGAUGCUGACAGAGCAACCCAUCUCUACACUUUCUCAGAAAACUCUUUCUCUGGAGAGACCCUUCUUCCCUUCUUUUAUGUACAUGGCAAAGCCCACCUCAAGCUGCAAAGGGAGCCAACACAGGCCUGGAGAAAACCUUCACAGCAGCCGCCAAUCAAAGGUGUGGAGCCUAGCAGACUGCACAGCACAGAAAUGUAA